CCGGCUGGGCGCAGGACUCAUCCCGCACCUCCGCAAAGCCCAGCGCGAUGCCGCUCAGGAAACCCGAGCCGAAGAAGGAAGCAGCCAAAGCAGCCGCAGGCUCGGAGCCUGCCUUCGAUCCCAAGAGCGUGAAGAUUGAAUUCACGGCGGAGCAGAUUGAAGAGUUCAGAGAAGCCUUCGGGCUGUUUGACCGGACGCCUGCGGGGACGAUGCAGAUCAGCUACGGACAGUGCGGGGACGUGCUCCGGGCGCUCGGCCACAACCCCACCAACGCAGAGGUGCUCAAGGUGCUGGGCAAGCCCAGACCAGAAGAAAUGAACACAAAGAUGCUGGACUUCGAGACCUUCCUCCCCAUCCUGCAGCACUUCACCCGCAACAAGGAGCAGGGCACCUUCGAGGACUUUGUGGAAGGGCUGCGAGUCUUCGACAAGGAGGGCAACGGGAUGGUCAUGGGGGCCGAGCUGCGCCACGUGCUGGUCACACUGGGAGAGAAGAUGACAGAAAGCGAGGUGGAGCAGCUCAUGGCAGGGCAGGAAGAUGCCAAUGGCUGCAUCAACUAUGAAGCUUUUGUCAAGCACAUCAUGUCUGGCUGAAAUGAGAAACUUCAGCUCUUGACAUUUUGGGUUCAUCUGAGAAGGAAUACUCUGGAUACUCUCAUCCCAAAGGUUCUUUGCAUUCAGUCCUGUCCCACUUGUCUCCCAGGCUCUCAGCAAUAUUUGAACCCCCCUGAGCCCCGUGAGGAGUGAGAUUCCUCCGUCCAGGUCCUUUCCCUGGGAUGUUUUGCCUCAGCCCUCGUGAAGCUCUGCCCACCACGUGUGUGUGCCUAAGCCUGGUAUUCAAUGACAUAUCUGAAACUAGGUUUUAAAGUUACUCUUUUCAGGUUUUCCCCGUGACAUUUCUCUCAUUAAAUUUCAUUCCUUCCUCCCUUA